UUAGAGUUACUACUUAGUGAUCUAGCUCGGAAGUUUAAUAAAAUCGAAAAUUAUUAAUUUGUUGAGUUUUUUGUAAUAAAAUUUAAAAAUAAUCUAGUUUCAUAUUUAUUCGAAAAAAAAUUUAUGCAGAAAUAAUUCUUUGAAAUAUGCCAACAAGACAGUUACACGUAAUAAUAAUUGUUAAGACGUUUUACAUAUUAAUACGUAUUAAUAUUAAAGUGUAGGAGAAUAAUACAAUUGCUGUGUUCAUGUGACGCAUGACAGAUACAAUAUUACCGUAUUUAUACGAUAAUUAUGUGAGACUGUUUCCUACAUUUGUCUAUUUUGUUUUAAUGCUUACUCAAUUAUUUUAACUGUGUCGACACUGUAACCCAUGGAUUGCUGUCGCAGAAACAAAAACACAACUCGGUCAAUCAACGGGACUACUAGGAGCAGCUGCGUAUCUGCUUAUACUUCAGUGAUAAGUCAAAAUUAUUCUGUUUUGUGAAUGUACUUUAAUUUUCAAUAGUUGAGAUUUAGUAUUGUGCACUCUAGAAAUGGCUGAGAAAAGAAAAGGCAAACGACGACGAGAUGAUGAGUUUGGAUUAAAUCCGACUAUGUCUGACAAACCAACAAAGCAAGAGUAUGCUAUUGCUAAAUGGAUACGCAAAAAUGUACAACACAAAAAAACGAAAUUUGCGGGUCAUAAUGUUGAGUACUUCACAGGGAGCAAAGCUGUAGAUAGCCUUCUUGAUUCAAAAUGGGUGACUAGUGAAAAACUAUUUUCUACUAGAGAAGAAAUUGAACUUUAUUUAGAUGAUAUGUUAAAACAUCAGUUCUUUCAUCGUGCUAAAAAAGUUCCUAUCUCGGAACAAGAACUAAAAGCAAUGAAAAAUAAAAAAUCAAAAAAAUUAAAUGAUACAGAUAAAGAAGAUAAAAAAAAAUCUGACAAGAAGAAAAAAGAUGAUGAAAGUGAAGAAACCAGUAAAGAUGAUAAAAAUGAUGAUGAAAAAAAUAAAACUAGUGAAGUGUUAAAAAAAAAGAAAUGGGCUGAACGUAAAAAGAAAAGUCGAAAAAUUAGAUUAGAAAUGCAUAUGGAACAAGUAUUUGUGGACAAUCUUGAUGCCUAUGUUUGGAUUUAUGAUCCUAUUCCAUUUUAUUAUUGGGUAAUUGGUACCUUUAUUGUUUUUGGAGGAAUUGGAAUAUGUUUAUUCCCAUUAUGGCCUCCACAAGUCAGGUAUAUAUUUAUUUAUACUACAAAUCAUUUUCUUGUAUAAAAUUAUUAUAUAAAU